AUGAUCCCGAGGGAGAGGCGGGGUCCCGCCGAGCCCGCCCCGGGGCGGGGCUGGGGCGGUCACGUGGCGGGCGCCGAGGCCCCGCCCCCCUCCCCCGCCCCGCGCCGGUCCCGGGGUCCCCGCCCACUCGCCGUCUGGAGCGGGAGCCGAGGAGCCGGAGCCCGAACCCGAGCCGGAGCCGAGGCCGCUGGGGCUGGCGAGGGGCCCGCGGGCCCGGGGGCGUCUGCUCGGCUGUGCGGAGACCGCGGCGGCGACACCAUGGAUCUGUCCUUCAUGGCCGCGCAGCUCCCCAUGAUGGGAGGGGUCUUCAUGGACUCCCCCAAUGAAGAAUUCAGCACCGAGUACUCCCUGUUCAACUCCUCCAGCAACGUCCACGCGGCCUCCAACGGCCAGGGCCCGCCGGAGGAGCCGCCCCGCUCCUCCAACGACGCCGUCCUGCUCUGGAUUGCCAUCAUAGCCACGCUGGGGAACAUCGUGGUGGUGGGCGUGGUCUAUGCCUUCACCUUCUGAGGGAACGGCCCACCGGCCAGUGCGGGAUGCCAUUCACUGGCUCAUGGUGGGCCACGGCUGUCCACGGGGCCCGGCCCUGCUGCUGGCCUCUGACUGCGUGCCCAGGCUCGAACCCAGGGGUUCUGAGCACUGGAGUGGCCUCCCCAGGGGCAGUGGCCAAGGAUCUGGAAUGUGCCCCCGACGGCAUUCCGUGCUGUGGUCAAGCUGAUGGAGAAGACAUGGAAGUUGGAGUCCCGGCCACGUGGGGGACCGAGGCCCACAAAGAACAGGGUAGAGAGCCCCUGAAAAUGCCACCCCCAAACCCCGGGCCAGCUGGAGCAGCCAGUUAGGGUUGAGCUGUAGAUAAAGCUUGGUGAUCGCUUGUAGCAGUCAGCAAUCACUCGCGAGACUUGCUCAUGUGCCGGUCUGUGGUGCUGGGACCAACGCUGGCGUCACAACUCCGAGUUCCCAGCCCAGCCUUGGUUCAGGGCCCGCCCCUUGGCAUACAGAUGGCUCCCAAUCUCAUUUAGAACUGGCACUUGGUCACCUGGAUACCUGGCCCUGGACAGGGCCCCGGGGUGCCUGGAGCCCAGAGAUGGGAGCUACUGGGAACAGAGGGGGGUUUCUGGGAUACUGCUGGUUGGUUUUCUCUACUAGAUGGACUUGCUGUUCUUUUGAAGAUGAGAAGAUGUCUUUAGAAAAUUAGCACUGCCACCAGGCAUGGUGGCACAGCCCUAUCAUCCCAGCCACUCGGAAGCAGGCAGAGAUUGGGAAUAUGGUGGUUCCUGGCCAGCUUGGCAUAACGUUUGGAAGAGCUCAUCUCAAGUGUGGUAGCAUAUGGAGGUCAUCCCAGCUACUGUGCUCCUAGCAUAAAUCAGUGGAUUGCAGUCCAGGUCAGCCCAGACAUAGACACAGGACAAAGCAAAGACGGUUGGGAGUCAAGAGGUAGAGGACUUGUCUAGCAAGUGCAAGGCCCUGAGUUCAAACCCUCGUGCCACCAAAAGGAAAAAAAAAAUAGAAUCACCACGCAAGUGAAGUUGCUGGCUUUUCCUUCUCUGAGGACCUGUGGUUUUAGAGAUGAGUAAGCCCCACCCCUGCCCUGUGAUUGGCUGGAUGGAGCAGAGGGGGCAUGAUUGGCAUGUGGUCCCAGGGCUGGUCAGCGGAGGGAGUCAGGGGUGUUUUCCUAAGUCUUGGCUCCGUGAGCUCUCGCUUGAGCACCUGUCGUCCGUGUUGCACAAGUGCUUAGUCUCAGAAGUUCAGCAACAGGGCUCUGGACGGCAUCUGACGGGACCUUCCAGCCUCGGGGAGACCACGGCGGUCACCGGAGUCCAUGGAAAGCCAAGUCCCCGGGCACCUGGGCGCUGUGUUCACCAGGAAGCACCAGGGCCUCCCUCUGAGCCAGGAGCGUCUGCUGACCCGCUGCCUCCAGGCCCCGCCCGGCACCCUGGAGAUGCCCAGGGGGUGUCCCAGGGCCGUGGGGGAGCCUGCGUGGUCUGUACUCCUCUGUGCCAGCCCCUCCUGCCCCAGCCGGCCCCGUGGGCCCUGACCCCGGUCCCUCGGUGAAAGGACAGGGAGAGGGUGGGUGAUCUGGUGUGGAGUCCGCAGCCCAGACGGAGGAGCGGAAUCCUGAGAUCAGAGUCGGAGGAGGACCAUGGAGAGUGACCGGGAGCCACAGGGGCCACACUGAGCAAGCAAGGGACACCAUCCUUCCUGAAAGGCAGGCGACUCCCCGGAUGUGAGGUGACCACGCCCACUCGGGUUGAACCAGAGUCACUGCAAACCUUAAAACUUUGCCACUGUGGUAGGGGAGGAACUCAGAGAAAGAUCCACACAAAGGCCUUGGAGAGGCCAUGCCCAGGCUGAAUGCUGUCUGGUCACCAUGGCGACGGUCCUGCCCUCCCCCCACCCCCACGCUGCCUCCCCUGUGUGCGUCUCAGCAUCUAGGGUGACCCCCCCCUCGAGUCCUCGUUCUUUCCCGAGCCCCCCUCUGCGUGGAUAGCCCGGUCCCCUGUGGCAGCUUCUCACUGCCCGGGUCUCUGUGAGUCAGGAGAGCAGGUUCCCCCUAGCGUGCAGUCCCGCCAGGCUGCUGCUGCUAAGCCACAGGCACACAGGCGCCCUCCCGCCCCCCUGGGGACGCUUGGCAGGGUCACAGCUAGCUUGGGAGCUGUGGUGGAGGCAGCCAGCGGCUGGAGGCCCCCCGCGUGCUGGUUAACACCCUACACUGCAGGACGGACCCACAGAAGAAGCGCUAACCAGCCCCCAAAUGCGGGGCACCCCGUGUGAGCCCCAACUAUCCAUUCCAGACCUGCGGACCUCCCCCCUCGCCCCCCGCACUUUUGCUCAUUUGUGAAUCAUUGACAGAAAUCAACGGAGCAGCGGUUGCUUCCAGAAAAUUCCAGCUGAAGGCAAAGAUCUGGAAUUCCUAGCAAGUCGAAUCGGACCUUAGAAAUUCACAGGACUCUGUUUCUGUACUCUGGGGGGCUUGAAGGGGACCCCGUUCUGAAUGAGGAGAAAAACCAGAAAGCAGAGGCUGGUGCCAGGUGUGUAAUCCACACUUUUAAUCCCACUUUUUCAGGAGGCAGAGGCAGAAGGAUCAUGAGUUCAAGGCCAGCCUGGGCAGAGAUAGCAGAGAGACCCUGUUUCAAAAACAAAAUAGGAAGACCACGAGAGCUGGGAGCAUAGCCCGCGGGGUAGAGCCCUUGCUUAGCCGGUGUGAGGUCCCGGGUUCGAUCCCUAGAAGCAGAAAUAAAAAAGGCAAGAGAAAGUGGAGGCUGAACCGGUCAGUCACUUGCUCGUCCCACCCGCAACUUGUGUUUCUGGGACUCUGGAGACCAGCCUCUGGGGAGCUCCUUUGGGGAGAGCUUGGGAGUGGGGUACCAGGACGCUGGGGGACAGCCAUGGGGCUCCUCGGGGUCUUGUCUGAUUUCUGGUUGUUCGUGUGCCCAGCCCUAUCCCCCAGGUGGAAGUAUCCAGAUUCUCUCUCCCAAGCUUCAGCCCCUGCCCUCCCUGCCCUGGGUGUUCAUGCCCGAGUGCCCUGUCUCCGCAUCUUACCCACUUUUUCCCAGUCGACUUGUAAAUGCCCGUGACUUACUUGACAAAAAGGCAUUUUCACUAGCCUUCUAGGCCUUUCUUCCCCAAGUAUCCGGUAUAGCCACGUGGCUACUGACUUGUACCACAGAGGAGAGGCUCUCUGCCUUACUGUACGAGUUCAGUGUGCUCUUUGCUUAAACACGUCGCUUUCUGAGUUGUGAAAUGUGGUGGUGAGAUCUCCCUUUGUUUGAAUUAUUACUAGCAUUGCUGUAUUUUCUAUUAUGGUCAUUAAAACAAGAAAGAAAGCUUUCUCUCUGGUCCGCUGUC